AUGGCCGAGUUCCGCAAGUUCAAGGUGGACCUCGACUCCAAUAGCCUAGUGACAUCAAAGAAGACGGUUGGAGAUCCUAUAGGGUUCGAUCUAUCGUUCGCAAGGGAUCAGUCGGAGCUUUCCGGCGCUUCAUCGAGGCGCUCCAACCUCGCAAACCGCCAGGCGGCCCUCUUCAGCCUGGCGCAAAGCCCUUUUAAGAAUGUUGCAAUGAUGAGCUUCAUGAUGUGGAUGGCGGGCGCCCAGCUCCACCUCUUUUCCAUCAUGACCACUGCGUCUGGGGUGUACCAACCCAUAUCUGCCAUCCUCAAGUCGGGCGAAGUCUUCCCGCCCGACCCUGAGAAGAAGCUGGACACCCUGACUCCCCGCCUGAUCUACUGCCUGGUCAACGGCCUGGGUCUUGCGUAUGCGUGCUAUCGCAUCUACGGCAUGGGCCUGUUCCCCACCCACCUCACCGACUGGGCCAGCACGAUUCCAGCCCCCAUUGUCACCGAGGUGGCUGUCUCCAGUCUAUGGUGA